AUGACUCACCGCGGAAAUUGGCGAUCUCGGGGCAAUAUGAGCAACGGAGGAGGACCCACCAGCUUCAGAAAGCGCAAUCAGACGGAAACAUUCUGUGUGCACUUUCAACGUGGCAGGUGCCACUACGGUGAGAGGUGCAGAUUCUCGCACGAUGCGAAUAAGGCUGCCGACUUCAAGUCAAACCCGGCUGCAUACCAUCCCACAACCCAUGAUCUGGACGCUCGGAAUCAAUACUUCGACUGGAAGAGACUUCUUAGAAAUGGGAUUUUAGGGUCUGGAUAUUCUCGAAGGGAACAUGAAGAGAUCGUUCAAUUCUGGAACGGGGCUCUUGAAAUUCUUGAAAGCGACAGCAGAGAGAAUCAUCAAUUCCUCGCCAAAGAUCUUGUGGACGAUAAUCUUCAUGGAUAUGAUUUUAUCCUUGCAACUGCGGAUGCAGACAAUCCAGAGGGAGUGCGACCUAUUCCAACUUACGACGAGCCAUUUCUUAAAGUCAUUACCCAUACUUCUCUCUUGAACUGUCUUUCUGUCGAUUCAUUUGUUGGCACUCUGUACACAUCCUUUGGUGGAACGAAUGGAGAUCGAGCAAUCAGAUAUCUGAAAAGUGUCUGCCGGAGCCUGAUGAGUAAAGGCGAAGAGACCAACGAAAAUGUACCAGUCAUCUCUCUGGACAUGAUGAAGUUACUGUUGAAUACCCUGUACCAACUUUUGUCAAGAGUCCGACGCGCUCGAUUCCACGAUGAAAUUCCCACACUGAUCGACCUAAUUCGCGAAGUGGGCUCCCAAAUCACUGAAACAUGCUCGAAGGCCGACAUUGACGGACUUGAAAGCAGACUAGAAGUCAUGCAGAGCCUUAUUGCUAGCGCAAACCGCAGUCUUUUUACACCCAGGCCGCAUGAGGAAAAUCCCCAGGAGAGUAGAUCAGCCCUUUCGUCUUUUCCGCUGGAUAUGCAAACACCUGGUGGGAGACACGACAACGACCUUGCAGAAAUCUCUCAAGUUCAGAUCCUUCCUACCCAUGGAGAGAUUGUCAGCGGCAAUUCAGAAUAUCUACCCUCUACGAACUUCCUUCAGCCGCACUUUCUCCCCGAUCCUUUGCAAAGAUACAUUGACUCAACAUUCCGACUCCUGCGCCAUGAUAUCUUCGGCUCAGCCAAAGAUGUCCUUCGAGAUCUGCUGCAGCAGAAUGAUUUGACACGAUUUUCAUAUUUCUCAAGCAAAGAUAGCGGGGCACAUCUCUGGGAGCACAGGUCCUCCAAAUGUUUAUCAAUGAGAGAAAGGAGCUCGAAGCGACCGUGUCCUUUGCUACUCCACCACAAGUUUCCACCUAGUAUUACGGUCAAGCUUGCGGCAUGCCUACAACAAGAAUUGAUGCUCCUCGCCCAGCUUUACAGCAAGAAGCUUACCGGUAUUCUGGUCGACUUCCAUGGCUUGAUCCCUGCCACGUUUGCCCCUAUCCUGAAAAACCUUCAGCGAAUCCAACGCGAAGGAGAGUUGGCAUUCCAAAAAUGGAUCUUGCCAGGCCGUAAGGAUGAUGAAGAUGCCAGCAUACCCCCACCGGCAUACGCGCGCAAACCAGGAUUUGUCUUUCCCUUGACUUCGAUCACAAUUGUUGGAGCCGAAAAGAUUGCAUUGGACCCGAGUACCCCUGGGUCUAUUGACCUAUUGAAGCUGCAAACUCAGACUGGUCUCGACCACGGCCAGUGUCAGGGACUUAUCGCGGCUCUCACACGAGAGUAUGCCCUCAUCCAAGGCCCACCGGGCACCGGAAAGUCCUACCUGGGUGUCAAGCUUGUUCAAGUUCUCCUUGAGAUCAAUGAAAAGGCAAAGCUAGGCCCAAUUCUUGUGAUCUGCUAUACCAACCAUGCCUUGGACCAGUUCUUAAAGCAUCUUCUUGAUGUUGGUAUCCAGAAAAUCAUACGCAUUGGUGGCCGCAGUCAGGCCACUGAGCUUGAAGGCAAGAACCUUCGCGUUGUCAGUCAAAGCAUUGGGAAGACGAGGGUAGAGUCGCAAACCCUCGGCAUGUCCUAUGGGAGACUUGAGGACUGCAUGAAGAACGCUGGAUAUGCAAUGAAACCUCUACACCAGUCUCAAAAGGGCCUGUCUUGGGCCGCGAUGGAGCAUUUUUUGCGCCGAAAAUGGCCCAUUAUACAUAAACAACUGGAGCGACCAGACACGGAAGGAUUCACAACUGUCACUGAUGAUAAAUUACUAAGCUGGCUUGGAGUCAAAUCGAUGACAACCCAAAAAGGCCAGAAUGAGAGUGAAGUUGACGAUGUGCGCUUGGAAGGCCUCACUCGCUCUGCGAAUGAAAAUAUUCACAGUCUCUCGAUAACGGAACGCCGGAUUCUUGCAUUGAGCUGGUUCAAGCAGUGGCAGGAAAUCGAAACCGCUUCGCUUUUCGAGGCUCUUGAUCGCGCUGCAAAUCUUCGCGGGGACAUAAAUGCAGUUCAUGAAGAGGUCAACCGCCGAGCCUUGAUUCAAGCAGAUGUAGUAGGAAUCACGACCACAGCCCUUGCACGCCAUAUCGAGACACUGCGACGAGUAGGAACAAAGGUCAUUAUAUGCGAGGAAGCAGCUGAGGUGAUGGAAGCCCACGUCAUCUCAGCCCUCAUGCCAGGAGUUGAACACUUCAUUCAGAUUGGGGAUCAUCGACAGUUGCGACCACAGAUUCAAAAUCAUUCACUUAGUCUUGAAACAUCCACAGGAAAGACUUGGCAGCUAGACAGAAGCCAGUUUGAGAGACGCGCUGUCGGUGAGCCAGGUCUCAAGCCAGCCCCUAUUGCACAACUCAAUGUACAGCGACGAAUGAGACCUGAGAUCUCGCAACUUAUCAGGAGCGUCUAUCCAAAACUGGAGGAUCACGAAAGCGUGGUGGAUCUGCCCAAUGUUGUUGGAAUGCGGAACAACCUCUUUUGGCUGGACCAUCGAUGCGAUGAAGAUUCAAGGGAUGACGGCAGCCGUGUGAAGUCUCAUAGCAACCAGUGGGAGGUCGAUAUGGCUACUGCUCUUGUUCGGCAUCUUGUUCGGCAGGGAGAGUACAAGAGCACGGAUGUUGCCCUCUUGACGCCCUAUACCGGGCAGCUGCGGAAGCUCAGAGCAUCGCUAUCCAAUGAUUUCGAAGUUUGUCUCAGCGAGCGGGACUUGGAGACUUUGGCCGCGGAUGGGCUUGAGAAGUUUGAUGAAUAUCCCGAAUCAAACGGUCGCAAGUCACUCGAGAAGAAGACGUUGCUGCAGACGCUCCGCCUUGCUACCGUCGACAACUUCCAAGGCGAGGAGGCAAAGGUGAUCGUUGUCUCCCUAGUCCGCAGCAACUCAAAGCGCAAGGUUGGCUUCCUACGCACCGAAAACCGCAUCAACGUGCUCCUCAGUCGAGCUCAGCACGGCAUGUAUCUCAUUGGAAAUACUGAAACAUACCUCAAUGUCCCAAUGUGGGCCGAUGUCCACUCUCAGCUCUCCCGUGCGAAUGCAGUCGGCACAGAGUUGGCUCUCUGCUGUCCUCGCCACCCGGACACGCCCAUUCUCUGUUAUGAACCCCACGACUUUGAGAGGAAGAGCCCUGAAGGCCAUGCACCGACAUUCUCGGCUGUGGCCACAACUGCAGCGGUUGCUGCGGAAAUUGUCUCGAAGUCAACGAUGGAAGAAGAGUAUUUAAGCACCCGAAGUGCACGAAAAGUUGUGACCGGCCCCACGGCGUCUGCAAUCAUAGGUGUUCCAAGAUAUGCCAUGAUGGGGAGAGCUGUGGUUACUGCGAGGCAAAAUGCGAAGUAA